AUUUAUGGCUGGUAGAUUUCUUGUUUAUUUGACGUUCUUCAUUUUCCGUUGAUCAAGGAGGGGAUUUACAGGAAUCAAUCGUGUUAAUCGCGUGUACAGGGUUUUAAUACAAUUGUGAACGAACGCUAUCAAUCUGGAAGUCCUACAAGUAACCCGUGGGGACGCCGAGAUGACGUCCGUGGCUAGGAGGCGAGAACAAGACGACUCGGGCGAAUACUCGGACGCAUCACAAGAUAUUGAGCAGAAUAACUCUGGAAAUGAUGGUGGUCAGCAGGAGUCUGAUUAUGACUCUCAGGGAAGUGACUCUGAGCACUCGGAUGGGGAUCCAGACAAACAGGAGACUGAACGACGAGUGGACGAUGACGAAGACCGGAGUAACCCACAAUAUAUUCCAAAGCGAGGAACUUUCUAUGAGCAUGAUGACAGAACUGCAGCAAGCGGUGAAGAAACGACAAAUACUACAACAGAGACGGCUUCCGAGAAGAAGGAGGGCAGUGAGGCGCCCCCCGAGAGACGCCGCCCGCCGCGCAAGUCCGAGACUCUCAAUAAGUGGUCGCACGAUAAAUUUAACGAAAACGAGCAGAUGCCGAAAUCACGUGACGAAUUAGUCUCAAUAUAUGGAUACGAUAUAAGAAACGAAGAUGCGCCCCCACACGCGAGACGAAAUCGACGCUAUGGUCGUGGUCCAAAUAAGUACACUCGUACUUGGGAAGACGAGGAGGCCUACAAACGUCAGACCAUUCAAGCGACACAGAGGAAACCUCCGAGCCCUGCUGACUUCCCCGAAUUGAACGCUGUUAACAAACCUGGUAGGAGACCACGCGCGAGACCUCGUUCCAAGUCGCAACCCGCGUCAAACGAAUCGUCCGAAAAUGGUUCGCAGUUAAGAAGAAAUGCUUCGAUAAAAACGCCUAAACAGAAACCGAUGAAGCCAAACGUACCUAAGACAGGUCCAAAACAGUCAAUCAAGGAUAAAAUGGAGAAUCUUACUAUUACCGCUGGACCAAAUAAUAACCAAGGUCAACCUCAACGGAAAGUGAACACGACAGUGGCCCAGCAGCGACCAGUGCCCACUGAGCAGAUCAAGAAGAAACCUAUACCAGCGCAGAACCAGCCACAGAGUAACUCAGCACAAAAACAACAGUCUCAGCAAAAAUCACAAGCGAAUUCUAGUGCAGAACCGCGUGGUGGUAGUAAGCGUUAUAGUAGCCUUCGUCAACGUCCGCUUGCGGAACCUUAUUCGCCACAGCAGCAACAGCAACAAGCACAACAACAGCAGCAGCAGCAAUCGUCACAGCCACAACAAACGCAACCGCAACAGCAGCAGCAACAACAGACACAGCAACAACAACCACAGCAACAACAACAGUCACAACAGCAAACACAGUCAUCACAACAACAAUCUCAACAGACACAACAGCCCCAUACCAGAUACCAUGGCGAUUUCCCGGGGGGAGCUCCGGCGCCGCACCAGGGCAGUCCGGGCCCUCAGCUACAUCCCACACAGAUCAUGCAUCCUCAGGUGCACCGCGGCGCGGCGGGCGCGGCGCACGGCCCGUCCCCCCCGCACGCCGCGCUGCCGCACGCGCCGCACGCGCCGCACGCGCAGCAGCAAGUGAGACUGGGCAUCCUAGACCAACAGUUGGUGUCGCAUCCGCACCACUCCAUGCACAACAUACCUCAACCACACUCCAUAGGUCAAUUACAACCGACGCAAGGAUACGCACCGCCGGCCAUGAUGCCAGCACAGUAUAUGCAGCAAAAUACUAGUGGAGGAGUAUUCGGAACGGCUCCGCUGUACCAGCCCCCUGCAGCGUACCAUCAGAUGUAUCAACAUCAUAAUUAUACGGGCGGCGUGACGUACUACAGCUGCGCCGAACAGGAGAGCGCCCCGCGCGCCACGCGCCGCCCCACCGCCGCCAUACCCAUCGUGCGCCCCGACAGGCCAGCGAACUCGUCUGAAAAGGAUAAUAUCGACAGAAUUGUUGAGAAUAUGUUCGUGAGGAAACCUUGGCCAGCGACUCACGGCGCUGACGCGUCGAAAGAUAAACCACAGGAGACGAGAAAUUCUCAAGAGCCACAAAGUAAGGAGCCCUCCCAACCGAACAGCUUAACGUCCAGCUCGAUAUCUACCGACUCCAAGCCGGAGAGGACCGAGAAGGCGGACAAACCCGAGGAAAGUGACGAUAGGACAGAGGAAGCGGCGAGUGCGGAUGCCUGACGCGUAAUGUAUGAAUAUCUGAACUAUAUUAGUCGGAGAUCAUUAUUUUCGCGUGCAAGCGAUUGGCAACUUUAAAGCCUUAUGGUAUAAAGUAUAUUCUUAAAUGAAUUUUUCUAGUACUAGUGACGUUUGGGUUUUUUUUAUGUGUCUUUUUUUGUCACAUGUGUGGCUUGAACUCUUUCGAAUAUUGUAUUUUUUUUAAAUUAUUUCAUUAAGUAUGUAUUAUAUCAAAGUAUAAGUCUCUUUAAAUUUACUUUCCAAGAAAUUCAUUUGUGGUAAUGUUCGUAAGUAUUUUGAUUGUUAUAAUUCGUCUUUAUAUAAAUAAAACCCUAUGUUACUAGUAAAAUAUAUUUUUAUUUAAAAUGUUGUCUGUCGCAGCCUUUGUGUCUGUCUUGUAUAUUUCAAUAAUGAGUAAAAGAGACGAAAAAAUAUGUUUCUCAAUAAAUUGUAUAGAAACAGAAUGUGUUCUUUCUCACUAAUAUUUAAAAUUAAAAUAUAUAUUUAAGGAAUGUAUAGGAGUGAGAGAGAUGAGCCGUGUGUUUGAAUUUCUCCUACAUAAAUAUUAUAUUGAUUCAUUGUAUUGAGUCCAGGAAAUGUUGCACUAAAAAUGAUGUAACUAAACAAAAAAUCCUAUUAAUCGAUAUGUCAACCGGAAUAUGUUAGAGGCCUAUAUAAAUUUUCGGUUCGGAAGAAAUUGUUCAUCUCAUCCCCCAUAGAAUCCGAACCAGUAAUUUUAGGUAAUCAAAUAAAUAAAAACGAAUUUGAGGAACGAGGUGUUCAAACGAACGCAUGAAAAUAUACGGACGACGUGUUGAACGAUGCCUUAGUCUUUAGCUGAGUAUAGACGAAUCGAAUUUCCGCAUUAAGCAUUUCUUAUUGAAAAAUCGAUUACUAGGAUAUUUUGUAUACCUGGACUAUAGAUAAAAUGGUUAAUACUUUAAGAAUCCAGUUUGGAAAGAGUGUUUAUAUCAAUUAUAUAAGGGAUGGUGAGAUGUUCUGAAAUAAACGUUAAGGGGCCUAUAACCGGAAUUGUCUGUAGCUCAAUAAAUAAGACAAAAGAUCGUAUCGUGACGUUUUUCUACUAAGCAAGUUUUACUAUUAAACCUUGGUGUGGUAUGUUAAAAUUAAAAGUCGAUAUUAGAAGAAAUAUGUCAUAAAAUGUAAAGGUCCCUAAUAUGUGGUUCAGUGCCUCGAUUUUUAAGCUUUGUCACCGAGUUACGGGUUCGAGUGACUGGCUUACCCGCAGAACAGGGGCGAGUUAUAGGAGUGACGAGUCUCUAUCUCUAUUGUCUAUUCGAAAUAUCGCUAUAUCUUUCUUACGUAUGGAAAUAAGAAAGGAUAGCGAGUAUUUAAUUUUACUAUAUUAUUUAAUUCAUUAUUAAGCACUAAAGUAUCUUGUUACUAAAUAUUUUUUGCUCUAUUAAAAAAUAUUUAUUAUAAAUCGAUGCCACUUCUAAAUUAUUUUCUGUUCUGUGGUUUUUUAAUAGAAUUUUCUAAUUAAUAUUCGGCUGUGUCAGCUCUGUUCGGAGUUGUAAAGAUAAUUAAUCAAUUUAACAUUUAGCACUUUAAAACUAGGUCUAGACUUCAUAUCCUAAAUUAAGGACCUAUUUUAAUAGUGUAAUUGCGAAUGGCCAAAAUGUUUUACUGUAUAAAUGUAUUCGGUUUGAUUGAAAUUGUAAUAAUUAGAAUAAUAUUCGAUAUAUUUUUGUAACUAUCGGCGUUGUUUUAAAAUUAUGAUAUGUCACUAUAUAUUUUUUUCCAAUAUAAGCUUACCUUUUUUUUUCGAAUAAUAAUGAGAGUGAAAACGGCCUGUGUUGCUCAAAUUGCGUUUUAUUUUUUUAUUGCAAUGAUCGGUUAAAUGUUUUAAGUUCGAUAUUUUAAAAAAUAAUCUACUUUUUUUAACAAAUUAAUUUAGCUUUAUGCAUUUCAGGCAACUAAGAUCGUAAGAUGUUUUAUUAAUAUAUUUGUUAUUGUUUAUAUAAAUAUGUUUCAAUUGUAUGAUAUACAAUAGUUUUAAAUAUGGCUUUACUAUGAAGGUUAUUUUUCUUUCUUGCUUCUUUCAUAUAAAUAAAACACGAAGAUAUUUUUAAGGUCUCAUUAAUUAACGUGAAUACGUGAUGUGGAUACUUAUUGCCUUAAAUGUAAGGCUUAAAUUAUUUUACUUAAAAUUCCGUUUAGUACGUUUUAAAUUUAAAUUUUCUUAGAAUGAUGACGUAAUAUCGGUUUCUGUUACUGGUAUAGAAAUAUAAAGCAUUUGUAAAUUGCGAAGUCCCGUUACCAAAUUCAUCUUUCGCUUGUCCUUUUUUUAAAUAAAACCAUCCGGCAAUUUGAUGACAACCGCGAUAUAUAGCAAUCAAAUGCUCCAAACGAUUGAAUAAUUUAUGUAUUGAUAUGUUUAAUUAUUUCACUCAUCAAUUUGCUUGUACUCAUCCAAAUUUAUUGUGGUGUAUAAAAUUGAGAACAGACUUUAAAGAAGUUGAAGCGUUUUAAAACGUCACUGUCACAUUGACAUUUACGGAUUUUUAAUCUAAGCGACAAGUGUAUUGCGGAGAUACACAUUAUUAAUAUUUUUAAUUAAUACGCUAAACGAAGGGAAUUGAUGAUAUUACUAAAUGGUACUUCUGCAACGUAUUUUUAUUAUUUAUGUGGCUUCGGUAUUGACUUUGCGUUUGAUUAUCUUUUCUUAGCUGACAACAUCGAAUGUAUCGAUUGCUAAGCCCAGUGGAUAACUAUCAUCCGAUUAAUGAAAAAUAUAUUUUAUAAAUAUUUAAGUUCAAUAAAAUGUGUAUUAAAAUUUUGAAGUAAAGUUACCGUGUGAAUUUUCAAUUUUUUUUUCUUAAUUAAUGAUCUUUUCUCUACAACUACGUACACAAUUUAUUGAAAGAAUCGUUUAUAUUGUCCUUAUCGAAAAUAUAUUAUGUAUCGCUUCAUUAUUUACUUUGUGGUUACAGCGAAAUGUGUAUUAAAAUAAAGUGAAAAUACCCUAUGGGAUGGGGUUACUAUAUACAAAAAUAUGUCAAAUUCUACUUAUCUGUUAAUAAAAAAAAAAAAAUCGAUCAUAAGAAAUUUCAGAUUAUAUUUAUAUAGAAAAUAAUGUUUUAAUGUUGUUUUUGACUAGUCCUUGUAUUAUUGUUACUUAUCUUUAGUAUUUUGUUUAUUCAACUAUACAAUAUAUACGUAUCGAUUGUCACAGAGUUAACUGACAGACGUUACACACGCGUAGCCUUGUGGCGGAUUGUCAAUACUAAUUGAUGAAAGAUAUUCCGAUAUUAUCAUAGACAAUUUACUUAUUUUUAAAGAUUUGUCAUAUUCCUAACAGUUCUUAUUUAAGAAUCGCGUCAGUUUUAUUUUUAAUUAAAUAGUAAUUCACUGUUUUUCACAACUGGCAAUAAAAGUUGUCACUGAUUUAGUAUGUAAAGAUAUUUUCUACAAAAAAAUUCACGUGAAAAUUAAAAAAAAAAUGCUUUUGUAAACUAAGCUGGUUAUUUAUUAAAAUAAGUAAAUCUUCUAAAAGUGA